AUGGCAACAUCACUAGCUUAUUUAGCAUCUGUUCAAAAGAUGCUAACACGAUAUGGUAUGAGUACAUAUGUUGCAUUUGGAAAUAUUGGUAAUUUAUUAGCUAUUGCUGUUUUUAUUCAACCUGAACAACGUAGAAACGCUUGUUCACUUUAUUUACUAACAAUGACAGUGUUUAAUAUAUGUUGUCUUAAUGUUGGAAUAAUUCCAAUAAUCUAUACAUUGGAUUAUUAUGAUAUAACAACUGCAACUUUACUUGGCUGUCAAAUGCAAUUUUAUUUUCGACAUGUCUUUUUUCAAAUGUUACGCACAGCUAAAGCAUUAUCAUGUAUGGAUCGUUACGCAAUUUGCAGUAGUAAUGUUCGUUUUCGUGCAUUGAGUCAUCCUAAAGUGGCUAUUUAUGUUAUUAUUGGUUGUUUCAUAUCUUGGUCAUUAAUCAUAAUAUUUUUUUCAUGGAUACGAUCCGUUCAAAAUAAUUCAUGCAAUAUAUUUAAUGAAACAUAUGCAAUGAUUUAUACAAUUUAUUAUAUGAUGGUCAGUGGAGUUAUUCCUCCAUUAAUGAUGACUAUAUUUAGUGUGUUAGUUUUGAAAAAUUUACGAAGUUUACGACGUCGUAUUCAACCAGGGAGAAGAAAUGAAGUAGAAAAUCAUCCACCUAUUCGUAUAAUUCGAAAACGUGAUCGAGAUUUAAUGAAAAUGAUUUUUAUUGAAGUUAUGUUUUAUGUUAUUACUACAUUACCGUUUUCAGUUUAUCUUGUUUAUAAAUUAAUAACAGAUUCCUUAGUAAAAAGUCAACAAAGAAAACAAAUUGAAACCUUUAUUAAUUAUUUCUUACAAUCGUUUAUGUUGUAUUUUAAUACAGCCGUACCAUUCUAUAUUUAUGUUGCAACAUCACCUGCAUUUAGGCGUGAAUUAAAAAGAGUUUUUAUUAAAUUAUAUGCUGGCAUGACAGGAAAACAAAUUAGAGAUGAACAACAUACACGUGGUAUGACAACUAUUGCACGUCCUUAA